UGGCUGCACCGGGCGGGGCGGGGCCGGUACAGGCGGCUUCCGGUGGUGAUUCCGCAGCACGAUGGCGACUGAUUCCUGGGCAGAGGCUGUGGAUGAGCAGGAGGCGGCGGCCGAGACGUUCAACAAGCUGCAACUGAAAGACGAUAAGGAGCCGACCCUCAAGCCUGAGAGUAACGGCACGGACUUGGCAGCUGCUGGUGAUCGCGCAGAGAAGGCGAGCAAUGGAGACGGUGAGGAGAAAUCGGAGGAGGACGACAAAGAGGACAAAGCUGCACAGUCGCUGCUCAACAAACUUAUACGAAAUAACCUGGUUAACACCACAAACCAAGUGGAAGUUCUGCAGCGAGAUCCGAACUCUCCUUUGUAUUCUGUCAAAUCCUUUGAGGAGCUGAGGCUAAAGCCGCAGCUCCUAGAAGGGGUCUACGCCAUGGGGUUCAACCGACCGUCUAAAAUCCAAGAGAAUGCGUUGCCGAUGAUGCUGGCAGAGCCACCCCAGAACCUAAUUGCUCAGUCGCAGUCCGGCACAGGAAAAACAGCUGCCUUCGUUCUAGCUAUGCUCUCUCGGGUCAAUCCUGCAAAUAGAUAUCCACAGUGCCUGUGUCUCUCACCCACCUAUGAGUUGGCAUUGCAGACAGGAAAAGUCAUUGAGCAGAUGGGGAAGUUCUAUCCAGAGAUGAAACUGGCCUAUGCUGUCAGAGGAAACAAGUUGGAGCGCGGUUAUAAAAUCCCGGAACAGAUCGUUAUCGGAACACCUGGGACGGUGCUGGACUGGUGCUCCAAGCUGAAGUUCAUCGAUCCCAAGAAGAUGAAGGUGUUUGUGUUGGAUGAAGCCGAUGUCAUGAUAGCAACGCAGGGGCACCAGGACCAGAGCAUCCGUAUCCAGAGGAUGUUGCCGAGCGACUGCCAGAUGCUCCUGUUCUCGGCUACCUUUGAGGAUUCGGUGUGGAAAUUUGCUCAGAAAGUGGUCCCCGAGCCCAACAUCAUCAAGCUGAAGCGAGAAGAGGAGACGCUGGACACCAUUAAGCAGUACUAUGUGCUCUGCAACAGCCGGGAAGAGAAGUUCCAUGCACUGUGCAACAUCUAUGGCGUCAUAACCAUCGCGCAAGCAAUGAUCUUCUGCCACACUCGUAAGACUGCAUCUUGGUUGGCAGGUGAGCUGUCCAAAGAGGGCCACCAGGUGGCGCUGCUUAGCGGAGAGAUGAUGGUGGAGCAGAGGGCAGCGGUCAUUGACCGAUUUAGAGAAGGAAAAGAGAAGGUGCUGGUUACCACCAAUGUGUGCGCCAGAGGCAUUGAUGUCGAGCAAGUCUCCGUGGUGAUAAACUUUGACCUCCCCGUGGACAAAGAUGGCAAUCCAGACAACGAGACUUAUCUCCACAGAAUAGGCCGUACUGGCCGUUUCGGCAAGAGGGGUCUGGCUAUCAAUAUGGUGGACAGCAAACACAGCAUGAACAUCCUGAUGCAAAUCCAGCAGCACUUCAAUAAGAAGAUUGAGGAGCUCGAUUCCAAUGACAUUGACGAGAUUGAGAAAAUAAACAACUGAGCGGACAAGGUGACUUCAUCCCACUUUCUUCUACACAAGAAUCUUCUUAACCCAUGGCCGGAAUCGUGUUCUGCGGUACCAGGAUGUCUUACCAGGCGCGGGAAAUUACCUCAUUCACCAUCACUGUCCCCUGGGGAGGAGACUUGAUGGACAUUUGAGAUAAUGAGCCCCACCACCACCACCUUCAGCUGGGGCCCUGCUUACAGAGUGCGGUACAGGGGCUAAUCAUAUAUAUUUGGAAUUUAAUUUCUGUUUUUAUCACCCCGCCACCCCUGUGCUCCCAACUGACUGCACAUUUCUGCCUAUUAGUUACAGUCGGACUUGGAAUUCUACCAAGUGCUUGGCUUCCUCCUUAGGAAUAUCUUAGUUUUUAUCUUGGACUGUUGCUCAUUAGUGGCCAUUCAGAGUGGGGCUAGUGCCGGUCACAUGGCAAGCUGCCAUUCUGUGCAGCCAAAUAUUAUGGGUAAUUUAUUUUUAUUUAGCCUAGUUUAUUCAUUUACCUUGCAUUUAUAACCGCUUACGACUCCUCACUCCGGCGAUUUGAUUGCAGAGAGUUGGGUUCUACAAGACACCAUCUUUACAAAGGAACUUUUGGAACAAAGGCCAUCUUGUUAUCUCUGCAUCAAUAGCAAACGUUGGCUCUGUAUUCCUAUCCAGGGCCAGACUGCAGCCGAACAUGCUGAGAUAGACUUGUCCACCUUUUACUCGUAAGCUGUUGGGGUAGACUGCCCCCUCCCCCAGAAAACAAGCUACUAUGCUUAUACGUUGGCCCAUCUUGCUGCAGUUUCAUGAGCACCUGUGUUUUCUAUCGAUGGAUUGUUUUACUUUUCCAAAUGGUCUCCUAAAACAUAAAUUUCCUGUCCUCGAAACCUGCACCCUUGUAUAGGUUUGCAACUGCUGUGUGUGUUUGGGAGGUGUGCACGGUGGGAUAAUGGGCAGCAGGCUAACUACUGGUCACUUGCAGCCAUCUCUCGCUGGACAGAGACCCCUGAUUUACUGUUGGGAUCCUCUAACUUCAGUCUGAACUAAGUUUUUUUUCAAAAUGAUCCCGUUUGAUAUUUUAAACUCUUUGGGUUUAAAUCUGCUUCAGGACAGAAGCACCAAUUCUUUUACCAAGUAAAAAAGAAAUGAACCUAAAGUUUUAGGAAAAUGAAUGAUUUUAAUUGCUUCAAUAGGAUAAGUAGAACUGCGCAUGGAGGCUUUCUCUCUGAGGAUCGGAUCUCUGCUCUAUUCUGUAUACUUCUGUUUGGAAUAAAGAAUGUGUUUAAUGUGA